AUGGCCAACUCACCGAUUCCGGAGGCGCGAAGCGUGCCGCAAAACGACGUCCUAUUCAUCUUCAUCCCCUAUGACAUUCCUCACAAAUGGGUGCAAGACGUGCAAUCGCACCGGCCAGGCCUGGAGGUGCGAUGGCACAACUCGAUGAAUGCGGAUAAGAGUCUAAUCCCAGUAGAGAGCAUAGAUCCUGCACUGUGGCAGGGCGUCACGCUACUCUGCACGUAUGUGCCGCCGCCAGCAGACCUGAUCCCGUUAGUGCGCUUCGUUCAGCUCGCCUCUGCCGGAUCCGAUCUGUGGUAUUCUCACCCCUCAUUUCGAAAGCAGGAUGUGACAUUCUGCACGGCGAAUGGGAUACAUCCACCCCAGAUAGCAGAAUGGGUCAUUGGAUCCUGGUUGUCCUACCAGCACCAUUUGGCAAAAUACCUCCGCGACAUGAAUUACGGCCGAUGGGAGAACCUGUAUGAGAGCCCAGUGGAAGAGUCAAGGGGCAAGAGAAUGGGCAUUCUUGGCUAUGGUGCGAUAGGCAGAGAGGUGACUCGACUGGCCACUGCUCUAGGCAUGCAAGUUGUCUGCUACACCCGGAAUCAACGCACGACAUUGCCGUCUCGAAGAGACUCCAGCUUCUGCGUCCCGGGCACCGGUGACCCCGACGGCUUGUUGCCCGUCGCGUGGUUCAGCGGCACAGACAAAGAAUCUGUGAACUACUUCUUGGACCAGUCUCUGGAUAUAUUGGUGAUCUGGCUGCCGCUGACACAUGAAACGCGUCAUAUCUUUGCGUACAAGCAGUCCCAGAUCCUUGGCAAGCACAAAACUUUCCUAUGUAACGUUGGCCGAGGGGGCCAUGUUGACCAUGGGGCAUUGCUAGACGCUUUGCAAACUGGACUGAUUCCUGGAGCAGCCAUUGAUGUGACAGACCCAGAGCCUCUCCCGAAAGAUCAUUCAUUAUGGAACGCGCCCAGGCUUCUCAUCACUCCUCACGUAAGCUGGAAAAGCAACGCAUACUGGCCGAGGGUGCUUGAUCUGCUCGCACAAAACCUACGCAAUCUGGAAGAACAGAAAACGCCACUUAAUCUUGUGAAUAGGGACAUACACUAG